AUGGAGAAUGUGGACAAGGGUUUUCCAGGACUCUCAGAUGUGGAGGUUGGCAAAAUGAUGAUGGGGCUGAUGAUGCCUCUAGAGAACGGGUUGGACUCAUGUCAGCAGCAGACUCUCUGGGAGGGCGGGCGGUCUCCCGGCUUUCGGGCUCUGCGCAGUCUACUGGCGGGAGGGCGCCGGCGAGGUGGCGAGGGCGGCGGGCGCGGGGGCGCGGGAACCCCGGCGAGGCCCUGGGAUCACAGGGCGCCCCCUCCCAGCGCCCGGACCCGGGGGGAGCCAGAGGAGCCAGCAGGUCCGGACUCGCUGAGGGGGCUCCACGCCGGGCCUCCCACGCACAGGAAAAGCCCAGCACAAGGCUUCCCAUCCCGAGCCCCGCAGCGGACCCACAGGCGCAACCACCCAUUCCAUAGACCUACGAGGUUGAAUGUGCUUCGACUUCCUCCACUCCUGGGCAACUGUGGCCUCCGGGGUGCCUCCAGGCCCUGGCUCUGCCUCCCCACGGAUCCAGCCAGCCAGCCAGCUGAGCCUGAAGGGGUGCACCUUCCUUCCCCUCCUGCCCUCCUGCUGGAGGAGAGCUGCAGUCUCCUUUGGAUCUUUUUGCGGUCUGGGCUUGCUGUUCCUCUCAACAGUAGUCAGGAAGCCCUUACCCCAAAAAGUAUCUGCGGGAGGCCUUGUCUACAGGGGGGGCUGCCCCCCCAAGGGCUCCAGGUGGGUCACAUACCACACUUCCAGAAGAGGGACAGCAAGGAGAGCCAUCAACCUAGCUUUCCCUUAGAGCUGCUGUUUGGCCUCAGGACAAAUGCUGAUCCUUUCUGUGUCUCAGUGCUCUGCUACACAUUUAAUCAUUUAUCUGUGCACAGUGUCUAGUGGGAGAUUCCAGAAGGUCCAGAAGGUAAGGAAAAAACACGAGUGGCUCAAUUAAAGGUGUGGACACUGUGCUGGUGGCUUAGCUCCCAGCCUCCUGUCCCCUAUUUGUAGACCAUCUAGCUCCCUCAGGGCUCCUUUGGGGAAUUACUGUGGGCGCUCCUGGUGGGACUGUUGCUCAAGGCACUUUGCCUUGUGCUGCCCUCUUGGAUAUGAAACCCAAGACAGGCCUGGGAAUUGGAAUCCUGGAUGGAGAGAUUGGGAGCGAACUGAUCCCAGCGGCUGUGCUAAGAAGACUGAGCUUGGCCUUCCUGCGUCCCCUGAACUGCCUAGCAUCUGCCCUCUCUUAGCAUGGACCUUCAAGUGCCCCCCUGGAUUCUGGCGAAUCCCCCCAAGCCCUUCCAAUAAAAUCCUCAUUGCUUUA